AUGCCACAGCGCAGCACAGAAGACGCUUUAUAUGAUACAAUGACGGUGAUAAGACAGGGCAACAAAGAAAAAAUUAUCGUUGUAGUAGUAUCUCUCGACAUAGAAGGGGCAUUUGAUAAUGCUUGGUGUCCCCAAAUAAUCACAGAAAUGAAAAAGAAAAGGGUGUAUGCGGAUGACAUACUUGUUAUUGCAAAAGGACAUUCAGUUAAUGCAGUAGAAGAGAAACUAAACCCGGCUUUAGAGCGAAUAGUGGCAUAG